AUGGGGGAAAAGGCAGCAGAGGCCCGCUGGGACCUUGGCCUGCUCUGCAACAACUCGAUGGAUCUCCGCGUUGACUCCGGGACCCUCCCCGCGCACACCGCUGUAGGAAGCACUGUGAUGGAGGAGGAGCUGUCUCUGUCUAAUACUCGCUAUCAAACACAGGGUGGAGGCACCAUCUUGCUGCAGUUGCUGGAAUUUAAAACCCAUCUACUUGAGACUUUUGAGGAGCUGCACAUCCGGAGGGAUGCAGAGGCGCGCUUUGAGGAUCAGAUCAGUAAACUGGUGUUGGAAAAACAGGAGCUGGAGUGGGAGACGGAGUCCCUGCAACAUCAAAUGGAAAUGUUGUCAAACCAGCACUCAGAGUCACUGGUCAGUGUUAAGAAGCAGCUUCAGGCCAACAUAACAAACAUUGAGGAGGAAAAUGUAUGA